AUGGCAGAGAUCAGGACGAGGUUUAAGUUCUACUGGGCAUCCCAUCCCAUUGCUAAUCGCUAUGAAUUUGACUGCUGUUUAUACAUGGUUCUUCCAUUUUUGGCUAUACUUGUCUUGAUACUCUGGACAAACAGCUCAUUUCAACAAGCCUGCAGAUACACAUGUAGGCCUAACUCUUACAAAAAGCCUCAUUGCUGCAUGUUUCUUUGUUAUCUUCUCCGUCACAUUUUCAAGGCAGCUUUGGUUGCUCUGCUGUGGAUUGCAUUUCUCUAUCUCAAUGGAGACUGGUAUGUUUGCUGUUGGAACAAUGAUUCAGAACAACAGGCACAGUUAGCCUGCAAAGAGAGGGGGAAGAUCACACAAGAAGAUCGAGUAAUCAUCGCUGAACUGAAGAACAGGUCCAGGGUCAUUGGCAGUUUUUUGCUCAUCGGUAUUAUUUUUUUGGCAGCCAUACUGUCAUUAUUUCCAUGGAGGAAAUGCUGUAGAUGGAGGGGAUGCAGUGAAAAAGUGGACACUUGCUGUGACAGGAAAUUUAUAUAUUACAAACUGAUUUUGGAAGAGGAGAAAAACGUACUGAAAGAGAGUUUUAGGAGACAAAUUAGAGACGACUUGACUGAACAAGUCACAGGUUAUUUGAAUCAGAAAAAUAUUAACGAGUGUUUUAAUGUUGCUGAGAAGCUGAUGGAGCUUGAAACUCCUCAACAAGCAGCAGGAGCAGCAGGAGCAGCAGGAGCAGCAGGAGCAGCAGGAGCAGCAGGAGCAGCAGGAGCCCAGCAGGGAGCAGGAACACCAGGUGGACAACCAGGGUCGGAGAAUCAGCCGCUUUUGCAGCAGGAACCGGGUCCAUCAAGUAGACAGUAAAAAUGGCUUCUUCAUCAAUUUCUGAGAAAACUUCUGUCUGUCUGAGAUUAGUUUGAACUUUCCUCUUGCUUGACUCACAAUCUGUUAUUUACUCACCUUUUCCUACUUAGACAGAUUAUCCCUUAUGUUUAAUAAAUACUGAUGAUUGCUGUUGAUCUAUUUCAUUUACUGAUGUUCUAGUCUUGAUUUAGUUGUUUUUGUUGAUAAUUUCCUUCAAAUGAUGACUGCUUUGAUCAGUGAUAUAAUUACUCUAGAUAGAUGUAUAUUGAUGAUUGCAUUUUAUUGACUGCUUUUCACUUGUUGCAAUACUAAAGAAUAAUUUAGGUUCAGAUCAUUUUCAGUUAAACUUUGAUGCUGUUUUGAUUUUCAUUUAAACAUUAAGUUUGAUUGUAUUUUAUUACUCAGUUUAUAUUUUUUAAGCUACAU